UGAAACAUGGCGGCACCUGUCAACAAAGGCUCGAGCUGUUGGAGGGCUCCAGAAGUAUACAAACAUCACGAACAGCGGAAAGUUAGCAUUUCUCGACCUAAAUAUAGGGAAGGAAGAAAAGCUAAAGCUGUUAAGGUGUACACGAUUAAUUUAGAGUCCCGUUACUUGAUGGUCCAAGGGGUGCCUGCUAUCGGCGUCAUGACAGAGCUGAUCCAGCUUUGUGCCCUGUACGGCACUGUGGAGGAAUACAGACCCCUGGACGAGUACCCUGCUGAAGAGUUUACGGAGGUCUACCUCGUCAAGUUUCAGAAACUAACGAGUGCCAGAGCAGCGAAACGUAACAUGGAUGAGAAGAGUUUCUAUGGUGGUGUGCUGCAUGUUUGUUAUGUCCCUGAGUAUGAGACUGUGGAAGACACCAGGCUGAAGCUGCAGGAUCGGAGGAGUUAUAUAAUGAGAGCAGCUCGGAAUAGAGUGAGACAAAAAGAAGAGAAAGAAGCAUUUCAUAUGGGGCCCUCAUCGUCACCUAAAGCCACCACAUCAGACUCAUUUGUCACCAGAGAUGAUAAAACGUCUGAAAAUAAUAUAAGUGGGACUUCCAAUGUCAGCCAUUAUUCAGGCUUUCCGUUACUGCCAUUCCCACCACAAGAACAUUAUAUACAUGGACCUCAAAAUUACCAUGGAAUUACGCCAACAGAGGACAAAAUGGGGACUUUACAUAAUGCCAUAACUGAUGUAAAACAGCAGCAAGAGGAGAGCUUAAGCUUCAACCAGAUCUCUUCCAAUAAAGGCCAAGGCUCAGAAAGUAGAGUCACCAUAAAACAGGCUUCCACAAUCAAAUUUGUCCCGAGGACCACUCUCAUUGAGAGCAGGAAACGCAAAAUGGAAGAAGCUGCAGACCAAUCAUUGACUGUACCCAGAGAAAACGAGCCUGUGAUUGGCCCAAAACUACCAGAGCCACCUAAACUGGACAUGGAAGAUGAAUCAUUGAACACAACUGCCAGCCUGAUCAGGAACACACUGAAACAGGUGGGAUCAGUUCCAGACUUAAAGCCAGUAGAGAAAAAGAUUAAACCACGUCGUCGAAUAUGAUCAAAACAGCUGUCUUGAUGAUAGAAUUGUGCCAGGACUUCUCCCACUUCGUUAGCAAACAGACUUCAUCACAAUGCAAAUUUAUGUUAAGAUUUUUAUUAAAGAUGGAUGCUCAGAAUGCACAUGGAUUGAGUUCCUUUAUCAGUCCACUUGUUCUUGAAAUACAUGGUGCUCAAACAUCUGAAUAGUCUGAAAAGUAAGAAAACAGAAGUUAAGAGUUUAGGCACUACAGACAUGUAAAGACAAGUUAUCUCCAGCUUUUCAUUUUUCCUCACCAUGGGAUCUGGGAAGCAGGUUCCAAAGGCCUCAAGCAGUAGAUUUUCCUCUCUCACUGCAUUUUCAAAGUCUUCUAAAGACAGUCUUCCAUCAAGAUCAUGGUCCUAUAGGGAAGGAAGAUGAGUUAAAGUGUAUAUUUUAUCUACAGAUCAAAAAAUUAACUGACUACUGUGGGGGAAAAAGCUAAUAAAAAGCUUCUUUG